AUGGGAAAUUAUAGGUUCAAGCUAUCUCAUAUCAUCUCCAACUCUUGGUUCUGCAAGCUUAAAGGUCUCGGCAGAGCCAAUAGAAGCCACAGCAUGCGGCACUCCAUGAAGAAAGGCUUGGCUUCGGCAUCAACUCUCCCUCCACUUCCACAGCCCAAGCAGCAUCACCACCUUCCCAACCGAGCCUCCUCCUACAUCCCCACCAUAGAGAGAGCAGAGACACCUGCUCGCUCCCCAGUCAACGCCAUGGCCUCUCCGGCAGACUGCCAUUGUUGCCGUCAUCAUCGUCGUCGCAGUUUAGCCUCCGUGUGCAACGCUGAAUCCAUGAUGCCUGAGAUCCGAAACAGUGACGGCUUCCAUGCCUCUUCCUUCGUCACCACGGCCGACAGCAGCUUGGAAGUGGCAUCGGAGCUCAACCUGCCUCCCAUACUAACAAAGCCAGUGAAGAAGGAAGUGCUAAAGCCUGCACCGCAUGACGCUCGUGUUUCCACUAAGCAUCAUCACGGGACAGCGGCAAGGAGAUCAGCAUCAGGAGUUCAUCGCAAUAGAAUCGGGCAGAACUCUCCCAGGGUUGAGAGCAGGAGGAAGAUGGCGAUGCGGCAGCGAAGAGCAGUGUCCGAGAGCUUGGUGAUCAUCAAAUCGUCCUCCAAUCCCCGCAGGGACUUCACCAAGUCGAUGGUGGAGAUGAUCGUGGAGAACAACCUGCACGAGCUGAAGGAUUUGGAGGAGCUGCUCGCUUGCUACUUGUCACUGAACUCCAAGGAGUAUCACGAAGACAUCAUCAAGGUUUUCGAACAUGUUUGGUUUGCUCUAACUGAUCUUAGAAUGUAA